UUCUUCACUACAUCAGUCUGAAGGACACUUUCCUGGACCUUUCAGAGAGGAAAAAAUAUAUCCCAGUCCCUUGAAGCAGAGAAAAAAAUUGGCCCGUUCUUCAGUGGGAUGAAGCAUGUAAGGCAUUUCAGCCCCUCCUUAUUUCUCAGUUUGAUGCACGUUUGCCUGGUUCAGGCAAAUUAUGCCCCCUAUUUCUUCGAUAAUGGAGCCAGAAGCACGAAUGGGAACAUGGCACUUCUCAGCCUUUCGGAGGACACACCUGUUGGUACCCAUGUGUACACUCUGAAUGGAAGUGAUCCAGAAGGAGAUCCCGUGACGUACGGCCUGGCCUAUGAAGCUGGAUCAAGACGCUACUUUUCUGUUGAUGAGGACCUUGGAAAUGUUACGCUGAUCGAGGAGCUCGACAGAGAGAAGGAAGAUGAGAUUGAAGUUAUUGUCCGCAUUUCAGAUGGCCUGAGUACAGUUUCUGAAAAAGUCAGGAUCCUUGUAAUGGAUGCUAAUGAUGAGAGCCCGGAGUUCAUCAAUACACCUUACAUAGUCCAAGUCCCAGAGAACACUCCCUCCGGCAGCAGUAUCUUUAAGAUUGAGGCAGUGGACAAAGACACAGGUUCUGGAGGAAGUAUCACGUACUUCUUGCAGAACUUCCAUGCUAAUAAGUUUACCAUAGACCGUCACAGCGGUGUCCUGCGCAUCAAAACAGGGGUCACCCUGGACUACGAGAAAUCGAGAACGCAUUUUGUUGUCGUCAUAGCCAAGGAUGGUGGUGGUAAGCUCAGGGGAGACAACAAAGUGUUUUCAGCCACAACAACUGUUACUGUCAACGUGGAGGAUGUUCAGGACACCCCUCCCAUGUUCAUUGGGACUCCCUACUACGGCUAUGUCUAUGAGGAUACGCUCGCAGGCUCUGAGGUCCUUACUGUUGUUGCUCUUGAUGGAGACAGAGGAAAGCCUAACAGUAUUCAUUACUGCAUCGUAAAUGGAAGUGAAGAUUCAUUUGAAAUUGGCAACACAACUGGAGCCAUUUCUGUUAUAAAAAGCCCAAAUCAGCUCAAGAAAGAAGUGUAUGAACUAAAAGUUCAGGCAACAGAAGUCAGUCAGGAAGGUGAGACCUCCGUGUACGCUUUUGCCAUGGUGACUAUACGGGUAGUCGACCUCAACAACCAUCCACCAACGUUCUAUGGAGAAAAUGGUCCCCAGAACAAAUUUGAACUGACCAUGUAUGAGCACCCACCAGAAGGUGAAAUCUUGAGGGGACUCAAGAUUACAGUCAAUGAUUCAGAUCAGGGAGCCAAUGCUAAAUUCAACCUCCGUCUUAUUGGACCUGGUGGCAUCUUCCGAGUGGUCCCCCAAACUGUCCUGAAUGAGGCUCAGGUUACAAUAAUAGUGGAAAAUUCUGCUGCUAUUGACUAUGAAAAAUUCAAGUUGUUAACCUUCAAGCUUCUUGCAAUAGAGGUGAACACACCAGAGAAAUUCAGCUCGACGGCUGAUGUAGUGAUACGCUUGCUGGAUACGAAUGACAAUGUCCCAAAGUUCUCCUCCGAUUACUACAUUGCCAGGAUCCCUGAGAACUCCCCGGGAGGCUCUAACGUAGUUGCUGUUACAGCUACAGAUCCAGAUUCAGGGCUUUGGGGAGAAGUCAAGUACUCUAUCUAUGGAACAGGAGCAGAUCUGUUCCUAAUCCACCCAUCAACUGGUAUAAUUUACACCCAGCCCUGGGCUGUAUUAGAUGCUGAAGUGAACUCAAAGUAUAAUUUCUAUGUGAAGGCAGAGGACACGGAUGGGAAAUACAGCCUGGCUGAAGUGUUUAUCACUGUGCUAGAUGUCAAUGACCACUCUCCAGAGUUCAAUGAAAACAUCCAGGAAAAGACAAUGAUUAUCGGGUCACCAGUGAAGAUCGAGGCUAUAGAUCAAGAUGCAGAAGAACCCAACAACAUUGUGGAUUAUUCCAUCAUGCAAGCAGAUCCAGCCAACGUGUUUGACAUAGACCAAAGCACUGGGGAAAUCAAGCUGAAAUCCUAUAUCCGUUCCCUGGACAUCAUCCACAACAUCACAAAGAAUAAAGACUGCAUCUGGUCGGUGGUGGUGCAGGCCAAAGACCGAGGCUCCCCGUCCUUCAGUACCACGGCAGUUCUGAAGAUUGAUAUCACAGAGGAGACUCUUCACAAAGGGCCUAUGGCCGCCUUUUUGAUGCAAACUAAAGAUAACCCCAUGAAAGCCUUAGGAGUGCUAGCUGGUGUCAUGGGCAUAAUGGUGCUGAUAACUAUCAUGAUCUCUACUGCCAUGUUCUGGCGCAACAAGCGGUCCAACAAAAUCAUGCCGGUAAGAAGGAUCAUAAAAAAGAGGCAGACCCCACAGCCCCGGGCAGUCAGGAUGGAGUGGCUGAAGUUCAAGAUACCCAGCAAUGCUGCGGAUAAGUUUGUCGUUGAAGACGAUGCCAAGAGCCUACAGAACGAGAACAGCAACAACAACAUCCAGGCUGCCCCCGUGCCACCGCCCACCCCCUUGCCCCCGCCGCCCCCCGCCCUGGCUCCCAAGGGUGAUGCCCCAGGGUGGCGGGUGCCAACUGUGUCUGGCUCCCUCACUCCCAAGUUCAUAAACAAACAGAAGAAGAGAGGUCAUGGCAGUGCCCACAAUGCCCUCGUGUCAGAGCUCAAAAUGAGGUUUGAGAAGAGGAACGCAGCUAUUGGUGAGCCCCACAUCUAGGUGCUCCUGGCAGCCCCCAGAGACUGCGGAUUGAGGCUGUGCAUGGAUAUGUUUAUGUGCUGUGGUCUCCCCCGUGUCUGUCAGCACCCCAUGAUCCGACAGCAACUUCUCGCUGUGAUAGCCACCCCUCACCUUCAGCAAGUAUUACAUGCUACAGAGUCACCCCACCCACAGCAAACGCUGCGGUCUGUGUCCAGUUGUGAGUGUGGUUCCUUCAGCUCGUGUCCCAGCACUGGUCCCUCCCUGCAGCUGUUGGAUCGGGGUGCUGAGUACCCUCACGCCAGCCACAGUCUCUCCACAUGAACGGGGAUUCAGGUUGCCCCCCAGUUUGGAGGUCCCUACCCCAGAGUCCGGGUUUUCAAACAAGGCGCUCUGCAGCCAAGGCACUGAAGGAUGCCACUUCUGACCUGGUCUGGCAGGUGGGUUUGAGGUGUCCAAGAACCUGACACUUCAAACCCCAGCCCCACUUUAGAAGACUGUGGCACCAGCACUACAUCAAGGGCCGGGUGUCCUACAGCAGCGAUGCUGCAAGAGAGUAGUGUGUAGCUGGUACCCGCUGUCCUCAGGGUGCGACGCAUUUUGCAACAGCUGGCGGAGCGAUGUGCUCAUGGCCUGAGUACCUCCAUUCCCAAAAGGUAAGCGAGCAGGCUUGGAGAAGUUCUUCGUUUAUCCUGCAGCUUAUGCUGGGUUUUGCCAGAGUACGUUGACAUGAUGCUGUGCUUUGCUGCUGUCCUGGACUUGCCUGCUAAUUGGGGGACGGGGGGUCCACCACAGCCUUGUGUAGACCAGCUGGGCAAGAUUUGGGCGCAGAAGUUCAAUAGCCGCACUCACCCAGUACUGUCUCCUUCCGACACCACGUCCCCUAAGGAGGGAGAAGCUGGCAGGAGAAAGACAUGAUUAAAGCAGCAGCGAAGACAAGGUAAAACUGAGAGAAAAAUGAUAAGUGAAAAGUAUAGACAAGUGCUGGGAAGUUGCAUAGGUUGGUCAGGGAAGUGUCUGGAAAGAUCAUUUGGUUUUGUAGAUGAGCAGGAGGUGUCAGGAAAUGCGUUUCAUCAGCUUACCUGGCUUGCUCCAGGGACUGGUGAGUGAAAAAGGAGGUUUCCAUAGAAUAUUCUGUUUUUUCCUGUCAGUAUUUUUGAGUGAAUUAUGCAGCAGCUAAUGGUGUGUGUGUGUGUGUGUGUGUGUGUGUGUGUGUGCAGAGCAGCUGAUGCUUUGUUUUCCUGUUACGUGAUGGUAAAAAGGCACCAAAGGCAGAGCACUUUUCCCCUGGAUCUAUCCCAUAGUUUCUCUCUCGUGUUUGUUUCUGAGGAGAUGUUUUUCAGCUGGCCUGGCUGUUUCCCUUCCCUUGGGGAGAAGGCAGUAUGCACCAGGCUGGCUGGGGAGCAGCAUCCUGCACCCUCUGCCCGAGCCCUGGCCCCCCAGGGCAGCUGUGCUGUCAUGGAUCAGCACCGUGGACAUCAAGAUGGGGAACAAACCUGACAGGACAGGACACAAGAGGUUCAUGAGACUGUUCUCCAGCUGUCAUUUCAGCUGGACCAGCAGACCUAACCCCCAGGGCCUCCUCUCACCCUGUUAGCUAGUCUAAUUCCCUUUUUUUGCAUCAGGUCUUCAUCAGCUUAGGGGAUAGCUGGUUGAAUAAGAAGUUACCUACCUACCGGGAAAAUCCUGUAUUUUUUAACUUUGGUUCAAUCCACCUAGAAGCCAGAGGGUGACCAUCGCUCAUGCCACCCAUGGGCUGAGCCAGGAGCUGUGGCCAAGAGGUGCAGCAGGGUCCGAGCUGGGGGUGUGGCAGCAGCGCUGCUCCCAUAGUCUCUCCUGCUGCAUCUCAUAUUUCCUCCACCGUUUUCUUGCUCAUCCCUCUUCCCAGGGCUGCGUGGUGUCAGGCCCAGGCUCUCACGGUGUAUUCAGUCACCUCACCCUUGUCCUCCGGCUGUGAGCCGGUGGGACGGGUGGGAUGCAGCCCACAGCCAGCUCCCGCUGCCCUGUGUGAGCACAUGCCUUCUGCUGCUUGUGUCUCUGCCAGGCUCUGCAGCGUUUCCUGAGGUACCAAACGUUUGUGAUUUAUUCCUUGUACUACUGUUUUCCCCGAUGUUGUGUUGAAGCCGGUAUUCAAUGUUCAUUCUCUAACGAGGAAAGCCUAUAAAGACCAUUGAAUUAAGUGAGAUUUAACAGGAAUUAUAGGCUUUUAGUCUUAGAGAUUAUAUUUAAGAGGGAAUAAAGAUGUUUUAUUACUAUGUUGUGAGACCCUUUUCCAGUUACUCUGUAUUUCAACUUCGAGGGACGGGUUUGUAUA